AGUGCAAUGGAUCCCGAGGCCUGCCACCUUCCUUUCUAGGUGAAGCGUAGGCAUCCCGAGGCCCAGUGCAGAGGAGCCUCGAUGCAAAAGCAGGGAUCCCGAGGACAGCAACAAGGUACGCGUGGGGAUGGAAGCAAACUGUGUGUACUUCCUCCGCGCCAUCCGGGCUCCGUUGGAUGGAUGGAAGUAUCCGUUGCAUGAGGCCAGGCCCGCCGGGGCUGCGAGCAUUGACCAAGACAGGCCGGGGCAGCGACCACUGGGACCCGUGGCAGCAACCAAGUCAGACCCGCCCGCGGUCUCACCGUCAAGAGAACAAUGGACGCAUUUUGGACGGCCUCGAUCGUUGUCGGCAGCUGCCGCUCCUGCUUCCGCGUUGCGAAUGCGGGCCUGUGAACCAUCAUCGCUGAUGAGUCCCAUAUCGUCAGUAGAUGACUGGCUGGCGGAUGAGCAGGCGCGCUAUACGGCGCGCCAGGGUCCCAUGGUCACAGUUUGUGCAUGGGGGCCACCCUUGAGAGUAAUGGCCGUCUCUUGUGACGCUGCCAUCGUUAUGCUGCGUCUGCGUGAUCGCGGUCAGCUGCUCUGUGAACUGUGUAGAGCGGCGCUAAAGUCCGCAGAAUACUUGCUGACGAGGGGCUUGGCUUGUGCGCCCGCAGCGACAAAAUUCCAUUGACUGUACUGCUAUGAGUUGGACCGAGCUGUGCGCAGAAUCCCCCUCGAGCGAGUGGUCUGCAGAGGGGGUUGGCGUCCUUGUUGUGUGCUGUGGUUCAUUUUGCUGUUCACGUGAUAUGGGGAAAGUUCCCAAAAUGGCAAUUGGGCCUGAGGAGCAAGCAGACGAACUUCGGUGCUUGUCUUCUCCCACCAUC